AUGCAUCUCCAGAACAUCCUACACAUUGGCCUACUUGGUCUCCUCAGCCCCAGUCUCGGCCCUCACGAGGGUCUAGUUGCGGGUCGAGCUCUCGCAAGCACGAAAGCUACCUCGGAGGUAGAAAAGAGAGGGCUUGUAUCCAGCCGAGCUGUAAAAUGGACCCUGAAGCCCAAAGUCGACGAGAGCAAAGUCACCAACCAGAAGGUUAUCAACGCUGACUACUUGGACGGGCUGGCCGAGGAAGACGACGCCAGGGUCUUCAAGGCAGCCGUGGACGGUUUUGGUGACGUGUUGUUCAAAUACUUCGAUGACGAACUCGAGACGAACCUGAACACCGAGGUCGAAGCAUACAAGAAGAUUGAGGGCAAGGAGAUAGGCCCUCAGUUUGAAGCGAUCGUCACAAAGAAGGGCAAGCCCUUCGGAUUCCUGAUUGAGUUGCUUGACAGGGCAAGCAAGCCAACCAAGCAUGACAGGAAAGCCUGCAAAGACAAGCUGCAGGCUUUCCACGAUGUCGGGCUUCUUCAUGGAGACCCGAAUAUAGGCCAAUUCCUCAUGAUGAACGAGAAGUGCUAUAUUUUGGACUUUGAGUAUUCAAAGGAAUGCCACGAUGACGACAAGUUCAAGGAAGAGAUGAAAGAGUUGGACGAGAACUUCGACGAAUUAGACUAG